AUGGCGCAGAUACGCGGCACCGCUGGCUACCAUUUGGGCAACCAGAGCCCCUUUGGCAACUCGGGGCGCAACGACAACAGCACGAACGACCCCAGUCCGCUCGACCAACUGCGCGCCCAGACGAGCAAGCUCGAGGACCUGCUGGACACUGUCUUCGACCCCAUCAAGCCAUACCUCCCUGGCAUCGGCCGCUUCCUCAUCGUCGUUACGUUCCUCGAAGAUGCCCUGCGUAUUAUCACACAAUGGACCGACCAGCUCACGUACCUGCACGACUACCGCCACAUCUGGAGCGGCGUCACGCACAUGUUCCUCAUCGUCAACAUCGUCCUCAUGACCGUCUGCUCCUUCGGCGUCAUUUUCCGAAAGUACUCCGAAUACAGCGUAGCGGGACUCAUGACCGUCGUGGUGCUCCAGGGCAUCGGCUACGGCCUCGUCUUCGACCUCAACUUCUUCCUGCGCAACCUGUCCGUCAUGGGCGGUCUACUCAUGGUGCUCUCCGACUCGUGGGUGCGCAAGAAGUUUGCGCCCGCCGGCCUACCCCAGCUCGACGAAAAGGACAAGAAGAUGUACUUCCAGCUCGCCGGACGCGUCCUGCUCAUCUUCCUCUUUGUGGGAUUCGUGUUCCGCGGCGACUGGGGCUUCUGGAGAAUCAUUGCUAGUCUUUUGGGACUCGUGGCGUGUGUCAUGGUGGUUGUGGGCUUCAAGGCAAAGUUCUCUGCUGUUAUGCUCGUGCUUAUUCUCAGCGUCUUCAACCUUUACGUUAACAACUGGUGGAAAUUGCACCCGCACCACCCCCACAAGGACUUUGCCAAGUACGACUUCUUCCAAAUCCUGUCCAUUGUUGGCGGUCUCCUCUUGCUGGUCAACAUGGGCCCCGGACAAUUUUCCGUCGACGAGAAGAAGAAGGUCUACUAG